CGCCCCCAGCGUUGGCGCGAGAUCCGAAUGCUGUCGGGGGCGGUCCCGGGCCGGCCCAGAGGCGUCCGGAGUCCGCGCCUUUGUGGCUUGGCGCGGGGUCUUUUCGGUGGCCAUGAGGCGGAGAGGCCCAGAGCAGGAGGCCUGCGGCGUGUGGCUGGACGCGGCGGCUCUGAAGAGGCGGAAAGUGCAGACACAUUUAAUCAAGCCAAGCACCAAAAUACUAACACUGCUUCCUGAAGAGAGAAAGACUAAUAUUUAUUUAACUCAAAGAAGAACUCCACAUGCAUGUGUUAAGCAGACCAGCAUUGCUUCCUUCUUUACCUUGCAGCCAGGAAAGACAAAUGGUGGUGACCAGAGAAGUGUUCCGUCUCCUGCAGAAAGACAGAUCAACAAAGAACCCAAGAAUGAUGCAUCCCCUCUAAGGGGCCAUUUGAUCCAAGGCUCUGGGGAUGGUUGCAUGACACUCCCUUUUGCCACUUCAACCCCAGCAGACAUCCCGGAGACGGGACUUUCUCCUCAGCUCCUCCAGACUUCUGGCCACCACAAAAUGGGAAAUCUACUUUUCACUGAGCUGUCUUUGCUGCAGCCUGAUACCCUAGUCUGUGCCGGACAGAGUGAAGCCUCACUGGCUUUUUCCUUUUCCCAGGACGUGGGACGUUCUUGUUUACUGGACCAGAAGGAGGGACAGAAGGAUUCUUCCAUGAGGGAAUGGCUUCAUGGAUCUAAAAAGAAGUCUCAGGGCCUGGAGAGACACAGCAGCCCAGCUAGGGGAAAAUGCCCUCAAUCCUUGGACAAAGCUAAAUUGGAAAGGAAGGUGUCUGCCAAAGAAAACAGGCAGGUCCCUCAGACUCACAGGGAAUCCUGGAAUGGAAAAAACACAGCAGUGAAACGAAGCCCUUGUCCUGUUUCUGUGUUUUCCUGGGAUAGUGAAAAGAAUGACAAGGACUCAUGGAGUCAGCUUUUCACUGAGGAUUCUCAGGGCCAGCAGGUCAUCGCCCACAGCUCUCGAGCCCCUUUCCGGAACAUAAGCAACAGCUGCCCUCGGGGCCUGGAGCAGUUUGCUGACAGCACUCAGGCUCUGAGCCAGGUGGGGCCGACACAGUUCCACCUGCCCCCUGACCUUCUCUUUACCCAGGACUCUGAAGGUAAUCAGGUUAUCAAGCAUCAGCUGUAAAUGUUUUUAAUGUGGGUUUGGUUCUAAAGUACCUUCAAAUAAGAGAUGUAGGAAGACAUCUGUAGUUGGUGGUGAGAAGUGUUUUUAGGAGGGAAGGAGGCAGUGUGAGAUAUAGCUUUUGGCAUUAUCAAACAUUUUCUUUGUGUGAAUAAAGCAGGCAGUAUCCCUCAUUAAGACCGUGUGUUGGCUUCGUGCCUUUCCCUCAUAAGGUGACUGGUGAAUUCUCUGAACAAGGGUGAGGUGUGCACCGGGGAGGCAGUGCUGGUACUGAGCCCUGCACGGAAGACCCUGCUAUGCUCUUCGCCCUUUCUGAUGCCUGGCUGGGACCUUGCUUCUUUAGGAUGUGUGUGUUUAUCUUUGGCUGUAAGCCUUCUCAACCAAUAAUGGGACCAUUAUUCUUGAUAGCUUUCUGAGAGACAGAGGCAUAUUCCCCUAACGCAAGUGUGCAGCAGUUAGCAGGACAGAGGUAGGCCGGCAGUAGUUCCAUUGUUUUCUUUAUUUAGUGUUAACUGUAUAGUACUUUAAAGUUAUAUAUUUUGCUUCAAUAUCUCCUUUUUUAAAAAGUCUAAGCAAUGUAAUAGUCUGAAUGUGAUUUUAUGAGGGUACUUCAAAAAGGUCAUGGUAAAAUGGAAUUAAGA